AUGUUUUCUCCAUUCUAUUUCGAUCAAUAUUCACAAGGUUAUGAUGACCAAGAUGCUGGUGAUGCUUUUGAUUUAGGAUCCCUUUUUGAUUUGUUACAUCAACAUCAAUUCUACCAUAAGGAAAACACUCGUCCAAGAAUUGUUAAGAAAUUAGAAACUGAAGAUGAAUUCCAAAUUCAAAUUUUCAAACCAUAUGGUAAUUUCCAAAAUUACGAAGUUAGUGUUAUUAAAUCAACUCCUCCAAUUGUUAAUGUUGUAAUUACUUCAGUUCAAGAUAAUUUCCAAACUAGUAUUCCAUUCAAUGUUAAUUAUAUUGAUAUUCAGAAUAUCAAUUGGCAAUGGUACAAAGCUGAAAAUAUCUUGGUUUUAAAUAUCCCAAAAAGAAUUCAUUUUGUUCAUCUGAAUGUUCAAGAUAUUCUUAAUUGUUUAUUAGGUUGUCAUGACGAAGAAGGUGAAGCUGAACUGGAUGAACAUCUUGAUAAUUCAAUUGCUGAUCAUGAAAAAUUGAUUACUGAUGCUACUGAAGCUUUGAAACAUCCAGAACAACAACCAUAUUCUCAAAAACAAGUUCAACAAGAUUUCCAAUCAAAAGCCCGUACUACUGCUAAUGCUGCAAAAGCCGCUCAAGCUGCUAAAAAAAGAGAAGAAUUUAUUAAAGCCAAGAAACAACUUGAAGCACAAAAGAAAGCUCAACAAGAUUAUGAAGAUAAAUUUGGUGGUUUAGCUGAAAGAGAUGAAAAACUUCAAGAUUCUCUUCAAGAGCAUGAAGAUUUGAUUGCUCAAGCUGCUAAUGCUUUAAAGCAAGUUACUUCUGCAAAUUCUAAACAAGUUAAAAAUGACUUACAAUCAAAACAAGAAGCUUUAACUGCUGGUGCUCAAGCUGCUGCUGAUGCAAGAAAAAAGAAGGAAGCUGAUAAAGUUAAAAAUGAACUUGAAGCACAAAGAAAAGCAGCUCAUGAAAAAAUCCUUGCUGCUCAAAAAGAAUUAGAAGAAAUUGCCAAAAAAGAAGCAGAAGCUACUAAAUCUCAUGAUGUUGCUAAACAAAAGGAACUAGAACAGGAAAAGGUUAAAGUUGAAGAGGAAGAGCAUGAAGCUGAGGAUACCGAGAAUGCUAAAAGAGAAGAAUACGAGGAAUUUGUCAAACAACAACAAGAAUUCCUUAAACAAUUUUUUGGAUUUAAUUUAGGUCCUGUUAUUCCAAAUCAAGAUGGUUCAAAUGCUUUUUAUACUAAAGAAUCAAAUGGUAAAUCUUCUACUAAUAAACCACAAGCUAAGAAAGAAAAACCAAAAGUUGCACCAAAACCAAAACAAUUUAAAACUGCUAGUGCUUCAAGUACUCCUGUUGUGAAUGACAGAACUAAAAUGACACAUUCUCCUUCUUUGGAAGAAGUUGAGGAUGAAGAAUCCAUUCUUUAUAAUAAAAAAUUUGGUCAUUAA